UAUAUUUUUAUGUGCGAGGAUGAUGGUAAGAUCAUAGAAAUAGAAGAUGCAAGUAUUAUUCCCUAUAAAUUCCAAUCACCUUACAACUCCACCUUCCACAAACAUUUCUUCAUUAUAUUUUCUUUCCCUUUCCCUUUCCCAUGGACCCGUCUUUGGUUAAAGCAAAAGACACCACUUCUUACUGGGUUUUAACCCUUCCUUAUUUCCUUGCUUUCGAGAACUAUGGUGUCUUCCAUUGCUUUCUCCUCUUUCUUCUCGCUUUCCUCUCUCUUUCUCUUCUCACGUGGGCUUUCUCCUCCGCCGGUACUGCCUGGAGAAAUGGAAGGAACCGUCAGGGUCGAGUCCCGAUUCCAGGUCUUCGCGGCCUUCCAUUUCUCGGCAGUUUGCUCACUCUCACCUAUGACUUACCCCAUCGAACACUGGCUGCUAUAGCAGCCAGCCGUCACGACUCUCAUCUCAUGGCCUUCUCUCUGGGCUCCUCCCCCGUUGUGGUUGCUUCUCACCCUAUCACGGCUAAGGAAAUCCUAACCUCGCCGCACUUCGCGGACCGCCCGCUCAAGCAGUCCGCGAAGAGUUUGAUGUUCGGUCGAGCCAUAGGGUUCGCACCAAACGGAACCUACUGGCGUCUCCUAAGGAGAAUUGCUUCUUCCCACCUCUUCUCUCCCAAGCGUAUUGCCGCCCACGAAGGCGCUCGUCAGCUCGAAUGCGCCGCUAUGAUCCACAGUAUUCACCAUGAACAAAUCGUCCAUGGAGGUGUUUGUUUGAGGAACCAUCUUCAAGCUGCUUCGUUGAACAACGUGAUGUGGAGUGUGUUUGGGAAGCGGUUCGAGGAAGGGGAUUUGGAAUUGGAAAUGGUUCGAGACUUGGUCCGUGAAGGGUUCGAGCUGUUGGGUGCGUUUAAUUGGUCGGAUUAUCUCCCGUGGCUCACUUGGUUUUAUGACCCGUUUCGUAUUAACCAACGUUGUGCUAAACUUGUUCCUAAGGUUAAUAAAUUCGUACAAGGCGUAAUUGAUGAACACCGCCGUUGUAAAACCCUGUCGGAUGAUUCUGAUUUUGUUGAUGUUUUGCUCUCUCUUGAUGGCGACGAAAAACUCGACGAUGAUGACAUGGUCGCUGUUUUAUGGGAAAUGAUCUUUAGGGGUACGGAUACGACGGCGCUGCUAACAGAGUGGGUGAUGGCGGAGUUAGUUUUGCACGGUGAAAUACAGGAGGAAGUAGCGAAGGAAAUAGAUAGAGCAGUGGGCGGUGACGGAAGGAACCUCACAGAUGCUGACGUGGCGAAAUUGCCUUACUUACAGGCGGUGGUGAAGGAGACUCUACGGCUACACCCACCGGGCCCACUUCUCUCGUGGGCCCGUCUUUCUUCGUCGGACGUCCAGCUUAGCAACGGCAUGCUUAUCCCGGAGAACACAACCGCCAUGGUCAAUAUGUGGGCCAUAACACACGAUCCCCACGUAUGGGAAGAACCACACGUGUUCAACCCGGGCAGGUUCCUGAAAGCUGACCUCGACAUCAGGGGCGGCGAUCUCCGCCUAGCGCCGUUUGGGGCUGGGCGGAGGGUCUGUCCGGGAAAGAACCUCGGUCUUGUGACGGUCACACUAUGGGUGGCCAAGUUGGUCCAUCACUUUAAAUGGGCCCCCGACCCGGCCCACCCGGUCGACCUUACCGAACUCCUCAAGCUAUCGUGUGAGAUGAAGAAUCCUCUACGUGCAGUCGCAGCGCAAAGACGUGGUCUUUAGUUUAGUUUUUUGGUUAUGUGUUUUGUUUGCCUUAUUGGGUUUUCGAUUUGAAGUGAGUUGAUUUUUCUUAUUAAUAUAGUGAUGUUAUUUAUGUUUAAAUAGUUUUUUUUUUUUUUUUUUUUUUUUCUCCUUAGCUUUUUAACUUUGCGUUUAGUAGAAGGGUAUGUUUGUGAAAUUAAGGAAAAAAGACUUCUAGUUUUGAACCUGUCUUUUCCUUGUUAAGGAGUCUUUUUGUAUUU